AUGGAGUACGACAUGGUCGACAUGGAGGAGCCUACGGGCCCUCAAGUCACCGUCCGUGAAGCGGAACCUUACCGCGUCGACUUCAGACUAAGCUCAGUCGAUCUCGCGUUCGCCAACUCCCUCCGCCGCACAAUUCUCGCCGAAGUGCCAACCGUCGCACUUGACCUCAUCGAGAUUGAAGCAAACACAUCCGUUCUUCCUGAUGAGAUGCUUGCUCAUCGUCUUGGUAUGAUUCCUCUUGUCGCAAAGAACUGCGAUCAGGACUUGGAGUACACCCGUGACUGCGACUGCGAGGACCACUGUGUGCGGUGUAGCAUAACGCUUUCACUGCACGCGCGCUGCGGAAGCGGUAUCAUGGCUGUUUACGCGCGCGAUCUGAUCGUCCAGGGCGAGCGCGUGAAUGACACCAUCGGAGAUCCCGUUAUCACGGAUCCUGAAGGAAAGGGACCGUUGAUUGUUAAGUUGCGGAAGGGUCAGGAGAUCAAGAUGACUUGCUUGGCUAAGAAGGGAACGGCAAAGGAGCAUGCAAAAUGGGCACCUACUUCUGCUGUGGGCUUUGAGUAUGAUCCUCACAAUAACAUGCGCCAUGUCGAUUACUGGUACGAGCAGGAUCCUAUUAAGGAGUGGCCUAUCUCUGAGAAUGCCGCUUGGGAGCCUGCUGCCAACCCCGACCAGCCUUUCGAUUACGACGCCGAGCCAAACACCUUCUACAUGGACGUGGAGAGCAUCGGAAACCUCGAACCAGAUAUGAUUAUUCAGCAGGGUAUCAUCUGCCUGCAGCGCAAGCUGGCCACCACUGUCUCCGUUCUCCAGGGUGAAAGUGAGGAUGGCCACGUCGGAGGCCAUGAUGACACCGAUAUGAUGGGCGGCGGUGAUGCGGAUGGCUACGAGCCUCCGGAGGGUAUUGAUGGAAACAUGACUUCAUAUGGAAACGGUGCUGCCAGUGCCUGGGGUGCUAGUGCACAGACUCCGUAUGGCGCCACUCCUUACGGACAGAGUGCGUACGGAUUCUAA